GUCCUGAGUGCUAUUAAUCGGCAGCGCGUGAUCGGCCCCUGUCUGCGCGCGCGGCGUCGCUGCGGCGCGGCGCGGCGCGCGUUGGUGGGAGUACCCCCUGCGCAGGUCCCUUUUUUGCAGUGCGGAUCCAGUAGUUGGAGUUGUUGCACAGCGAGCGCGAGACGGAGAGGAGAGGAGAGGAGAGGAGCGCGAGCGCAGCGGCCGAGUGAGCGCAAACAGAAGAAGCAUUAGCUUAUCUCGUGCGACUAUCGCACAGCGACCUGUCACUUUUCCGCCUCCCUCCGCUUUGCUGAGGCAGCGUGUCCACGGAGCAGCAGCCGGCACCAGCGGCGCCUCGGUCCGGGUCCGGGUCCGGGUCCGGGGUCUCGGGCAGAGAAGCCGCGCACGUCCGUGCCAGCUGGCAUGAGCUAACGUAGCGGGCAGAAUGGAAACCAAGCCGUUCCUGUCGCUGGGGUUCCUGAAGCCCCAGUGCUCGUUGGCGCCCCCCAUGCAGCGAGGCCGCUCCGGCGAGGCGUGUUCCUGUUUCAGUGGCGUGUGCCCCCUCCACCAGCGCCGUCUGUCCUCAGACUCCUCAGGCCAGGUGACGUCCUCCCCCCUGGGCUCACCCACGUCUCACCGGGGGAUGCACCCGUCCCUGCUCAGCCCCACGUCCAUGGGCCCGUCCGGCUCGCUCCACUCCCCCAUCAGCAGCCUCAGUUCCCCCAUGAACGGCCUGGCGUCGCCCUUCUCUGUGAUCAGCUCCCCGAUGGGACCCCACUCCAUGAACUCGCCUGGGAUGGGCUACGGGCCCAGCGUCAGCCCCCAGCUGAACUCUCCAAUGAACUCGGUCAGCAGCACGGAGGACAUCAAGCCCCCGCUGGGCCUCAACGGCGUGAAGAAGUUCCCGGCCCAGCCCUCAGGCACGGCGCUGUCGCUCACCAAACACAUCUGUGCCAUCUGUGGAGACCGCUCCUCAGGUAAACACUAUGGGGUCUACAGCUGCGAAGGCUGCAAAGGCUUCUUCAAGAGGACGGUGCGCAAAGACCUGACGUACACCUGCCGCGACAACAAGGACUGCGUCAUCGACAAGCGCCAGCGCAACCGCUGUCAGUACUGCCGCUAUCAGAAGUGUUUGGCCAUGGGCAUGAAGAGAGAAGUGUUGUUACAUGCAGCCGUUCAGGAGGAGCGCCAGCGAGCCAAGGACAAGAACGAGAACGAGGUGGAGUCCAGCAGCUGCGCCAACGAGGACAUGCCGGUGGAGAAGAUCCUGGAGGCGGAGCAGGCGGUGGAGCCCAAGACGGAGACCUACAUCGAGAGCAACCUGGGCGCUCCGUCCAACUCGCCCAACGACCCGGUGACAAACAUCUGCCAGGCGGCUGAUAAACAGCUGUUCACGCUGGUGGAGUGGGCCAAGAGGAUCCCCCACUUCUCUGAGCUGCCGCUGGACGACCAGGUCAUCCUCCUACGAGCAGGUUGGAACGAGCUGCUCAUUGCGUCCUUUUCGCACCGCUCCAUAGCCGUGAAGGACGGGAUCCUGUUGGCGACGGGGCUCCACGUGCACCGCAACAGCGCCCACAGCGCCGGAGUGGGCGCCAUCUUUGACAGGGUGCUCACAGAGCUGGUGUCUAAGAUGAGGGACAUGCAGAUGGAUAAGACAGAACUGGGCUGCCUCCGAGCCAUAGUUCUGUUCAACCCAGACUCCAAGGGCCUCUCCAACCCAGGCGAGGUGGAGGCUCUGAGGGAGAAGGUCUACGCGUCCCUGGAGGCCUACUGCAAACACAAGUACCCCGAGCAGCCGGGCAGAUUCGCCAAGCUGUUGCUGCGGUUACCGGCGCUGCGCUCCAUCGGCCUCAAGUGUCUGGAGCACCUGUUCUUCUUCAAGCUUAUCGGCGACACGCCCAUCGACACCUUUCUCAUGGAGAUGCUGGAAGCCCCGCAUCAGAUGACAUAGUGGACGGUGGGUGGAGCCUCCAGCCGCCGCCCCCCACCCCCCACCGCCCCCGGCCUCCAGCUCGGGACCACGAGUCCCAGCUUCGGGUGGAGAACAGCCGCCUCCCUCUCCUCAGUCUCCAAGCGAUGAGCGCCGUCUAUGGGUGUGUUUUAUACCUUGUAAAAAUAUAUAAAUAAGAAAUCUCUAUAUAUGUAUGAAUCACACAACACCACGAGGGAAAGGAGUGGAUUGAAGUACAAGAGGAGGAACAUGCUGAGCCAUCACUUUGUUCUACACCUUGACAUGAAAUGAGCAGCGAUGCUCAGCUUGCAGACGCACACACAGCUUUGAACAUGAUGAUGUGGUGUUUGGACACUGAUGGGGACAAUCGUGGACGCGGGGGCGUCUUUCAGGACUGAUUUCACUUCAGGGAGCGGUGGUGAUGGGGGGGGCUCGGUUCCGCCUGACUUGACUGGACGCGUCAGGUCCUGCACUAGCGGUGUGUUUGUCCUGUUUUAGUCUCUAUGACGUGUGAGCUUUCUGGAAAAGAACUCGAGCGGUGGCUUAAAAACACUGCAAGUGCUCAAAAACCUCAGGUCUCUGCGAUUCCAACCAAUUCAAAGCAGCUCUGGCUGAGUCGGCGCUGCGCGGCCAAUCAGACGCCGGCGUGCGGCGCAGGAGGCUCUGACGGGAGCCGCUCUCAUCCGCCUGCUGUAAAUGCACAGUACGGCCUCCACCCAAACCGCAGCACGCGAUCACAGCGAACGCGGCGGCUGAAGAGCCACAAACGCCGUCCGUCCUCUGCUUUUCAUCGCUUGGCUUUGAUUUCAGCAGCGUUCACACCUCCACACUCAGGCCUCCCAGCGGGGGGCCUUCGCUUUUCAGAACACCUCAUAUGUAUAGUUACAGCCGUAUACAGUAUUGACUUUAACAGCACAGUUACCUCCGUUUCCAUCUCUCAGACUGAUUUAAGCGUUGACAGUGUGCGGGAGGAGGACGAGCUGGUUAAACUCUGAACCAGCGGAGGGGCGACGUCGGCCCAUCAGGACGCUCCUGUUCCCUCCUCCUCAGACGGACUCGCGCUCUCACUGCACUUCUGGACCAUUAAGUGUCAUUCAAGUCAGAAUGAAAUGUUAAAUAUUUUCACUUUGUGUAUCGUUACGCUUUACGUCCAUAUUCUGCUUUUUUCCUCUGCUCUUUUCUUUCUCUCUAAAAGCUGUAGCUGCUGCAAAACUAUGCAUCAAGUGCAUUUCCAAAGACUGACAACAGAGCGGGUGCAUAUUAGUGCGACUCAUAAAGGUCUGAAAGUGUUUGUGAGGCGGCUCCACUGUAAUUAUUAGCAGACGUGGAGAUAUUUUCGAUGUUUUUCUCCGCUCAUUCUGUACCGGUUUAUUCAACCUUGACUGAGUCAGGCGCUUACGAGCGCUCCCUCCAAUUAAAAGAGUGGAGUUACAGCAAAAGUUAAGGACACGUUCGCGUUUGAUGAGAGAGGAAGUAGAACAGGCAGAAAUUCAUCACUUCAAUAAGCACCUUGGCACAAUGUGACCCUGCAAAACCCCAGCACUGUGUUUCCAUUAUUCUCAGAGCAGGUGAGAAUCGGUGGAGUCGAGUGUGUCACAUCAGUGAUAACUACAUGAAAAACCUCAGUUACAAACUCAAUGUUUAUCGGAAAAGUUUAAUUUGAAUCACAAUUAUUAAAUUUAAAUUCAUACAACAUAUUUCUCCUUUUAAAGUUUGCAUUUUGUGGAAGUUUCCCCUAAAAGCGUUUGCAGCAGCACCAGUCUGCAGUGAAUUCUUCAGUUUCCCAUUCACUUUACGCAGCUGAGGGUAGUUCAGUCAAUGUUCUAUGGAGGUGUUAGCUUUGACCAGAGCACCGAUGGUAAACUGACCAGGAGUCAGUUUUAUAAAGGACACUGCUCUCUUUCCAUAUGAAGAAAAGUCACAGUACUGCACACUUCAAGUACGAUUAGUGAGUGAGGGCUGCGGUGGUCAUUUCACAGCCGUGAGCGCCCUCUAGUGGACAAGAACCAACGUGGCAACAUUACUUGAAUCAAUACCUUUGAAUCACAGCACCGUCGUCAUCAUCAGUGCUUUGCUGUGGGUCAGAUGAAACCUCUGUGUUGGAGAAGGUAGCAAUAAGUAAAACGUGAGCUGCUGGUUUGUUGUCUGUUUCCUGGUGGCCUGGUAUCGACUGCCAGCUUGAGCUCAGUUUAACGUAAAAAUAGCUCAAAUGUUUGAAACUUAAGUGUUUCUGCAGAUCAGCCCUAUUUCUGUUUGACUAUUUCUAUAUUUCCUUUAGAGCAACAUGCAAAUUUUAAUCACAGAAGCAAAUAUUCCAGUAGGUCCAUAAACGUCUCCACAUGGAAACCCAAUUUUAAACGAUGUCAUCCUAUGCUCCUCAUACGAUGAUGUCUCCUCCACUCACUUUACUGUGAUCGGUCACCACAGCUAUAAAGCCAUAACGUGGGUGAUGUGUGAGCUCAGCUGCAGGAAAUGAACAGACACAAAUCUUCUUGACCAGAUAAAGACACGAUCAGCAACGUAGAAUGAUAUCCUACAUGAAUGCUUUAUAACAUAAAGCUAUAUUUUGUUAAUAUGUAUAUGUGUAUAUAUUUAUAAAUAUAUAUCGACAGAUCUGUUCCAUGAGUAUUUCCGACAUUGAAAGAGGAGAGUCUUUCAGACCAAACUGUUCCUGUUUUUGCAUUUCAGCCUUUAUAAAAAAAAAAAAAGAAUCCUGAUCAACCAGCCGAAUCGCAGCAGCUCUAAACUCAACAGAAGCAGCUCCACAGCAGUUUACGGGACCUCAAAGAGCUAUGAAAAAAGACGACAAUAAAGGUUGAGACUUUAAACUCUCCGAGAUGUACGUGUUGCUUCGCAAUUUAUGUUCAAAAAGUGUAAUCAGGAAAAACUGAGCUUGUGACACAAUCACUGCUUCUUUGUUGCAUAGACAGUAAAAAAAAAAAGAAAAAAAAAAAGAAAAAAAAUCACUUGGAAAAGAUCUAUUUUUGUACAAAGAUAAUUUUAUCCCUUGCUUAUGUACUCUGUUCUUUCCCCUCUCUUCUGUGGGCUGUUGUAUACGUUGUGGAAACCUUUAUCUGACGAGGCAAGAGACAUUUUUCAGAUUGAAAAUGAGAGGAAUUGCCGGCUUUGGCACUUUUGGUAACCGUCGCCUUUACUUCGCCAUUUUCAACCUGUCGCUGCAAGAUAAGAAUGUCUUUCAUUAUAUUUUGUCUGUUUUAAGGAGAUGGAAUUUUUGUCAUCUGUUCUUUGUGGGUUGUUCUCUGAUGUUCUUUCAUGGACAGAAAAAAGGUUAUUAAAAAAACAACAAUGUGAACUUGA